UCAAAACAAUUUUUGAUCUUUGGAUGAGUUGUCUUGUAAUCGACUCAAAAUCCUUUUGCUUUCGUUAUCUUUUAUUUAAAUGCUCUAAUUAAUACAUGUAUUGUUAAAGUAUCUUGUUUAGCUUUUUGCUUUGGUAUGAGAUUGAUAUUUGAACGGAGCUUUGGUUGAUAAGCAAAGGACCUUGUCUUGGUUGGACUGGCCAAAUUUGUCAGCUAAUGAGAAUUUUGCCAAUUGACUGUGAAUGCUUGACUGUGAAUGCAAGUAUUUUAUAUGUAAAACCAACUCAUAAACAUAAUACUAGGUAAGAGAUGGAUUUUUGUUGCAAGGAAGGUUUCUUACAGAAGGCUGGAAAACGUUCUUUCCAAGCAUGGCGUAAACGAUGGUUUGUCCUUAAUGGUGACAGUUUAAAAUAUUACAAUCCUGCAUCUGACUACAAUGAAACAAACUUGCUUGGUGUAUUACAAAUGGUUGAGGUUCAAUCAAUCGUGCCAUCCAAAAACCAAAAACAUGGUUUUGAUAUUAUCACAAGGAGCAGAACGUAUAGUGUGUCCGCGAAAUCAGAUCUCGAGAGAGAUGACUGGAUUCUUGCUCUGAGAAAAGCGUCAAGCAGCAAACGCCGUUUGGAUAAUCAACCUUCACUUGAUGCGAGUCGAGUUUAUGAUGAAAUCACAACCUUACCAAGUCCAAAGAAAAUUCAACCUGAAUCUUCUGAAUACGAAUAUGUAUUUGCACAGAAAAACAAGCCAAAGGAAGACAAGAAGGGCAAAAGUAAAGAAGAAGUUCCCUCUUCUGAAGAAAAUAAUUCUGAGAUGUACGAUGUUGUCAAACCCAGAUCUCAGUCAUGUCUUACCGAUGUGGUGGAGAAAAUAGAGGUGAAGCCAAGAGCAGCCACGCAAGAUGAUGCCAAUCCUUUGGCACAAAAUAUCCGAGCGCAUUCCAUGUUACGAAAGAUGUCAAAAAACGACGACGAUGGAGAAAAAGUUGCCGGUCUGUAUCAGGAGCUUGAUGAUCAAUUAGAAAAAUGCUCCUCCGGAGAGGAAGAAGAGGAAGAUGAUGACACUAACACAGUUUUUCCCGACAUUUACGCUUUACCGAAACCGCGUGGUGAGGCAUACGCCUUCGAUGAAAUUCGAAAAGUUUAUGAUUCCUCAGAACUAGAAACGUUACAGCAAAGUUUAGAUCUUGAUGCAAUUUCAAAAAAAUAUAAAUUAAACCUCGACAAGAAGGAGGAGUAUCCAGCAAUGCAGUUGUUGAAGCUUUACGUUGAGAAACUUAAUAGCACACAAGGAUAAGAGUGGAUGAAGAAACACCAUGAAGGAAGCACCGCACAAGAAAAAAGCACUUCUUACGCCCGCACGUAUUACCCGAUAAGGUAGUCUGCUUUUCAAUGGUUGGGUUGCCUAUCUAUAUACACACGCAAUAUUGUUUACACGCGCUCACACGUGCAUAUUAUUUCAGAAUUUUGAUUGAUAUCAAUUUUUGUAUCUUUGUACUCUCAUCUUUUUGUAAAGCUAUAUAUAAUUUUAAGUAAUUGUAAUAUUUUGUAUAUUUAAUAAUAAAUGUUAUUUUUUUAUAGUUGAA